AUGUAUAACAAGCGGAAAUCUAACAUCUCAACUCCGGUGCGCAUCGGAGUUGAGAGUCAAUGGGCUCUCAGUUCCGUUACAGUCGCUGUAUGCCCAGAAAUUGUAGAGAUAGAUCCGAGUGCCAAAGACAUCCUUCUGGCAAUUACUCAUCCAUAUCGAAUCAUGUCUACAACCAACAGCUCCCUCACCUUCGGCAGCAACUAUGCUAUCCUCAACCUAGACUUGAUGGCAAUCCUCAUCAACACAGUGAGCGACACACCACAAGGCCAGGUUAUGAUUGCCAAUUGCACCAAAUGGAACGACGCCGUGCAUCUCAAGACUCCUCGCCCUCUCACAAUUUUUUCCACGCUUUCAUUUAGCCCUAGUCAGCAUGAAGUUGCAUCUGACUCGCCAUUUUCCAGGCUGAUUGGCCCGUUUGGAGAUUUCAGGAGCGGCUCUUCUGAAGUGCAGAUUUGUGAUGUUUUCCAGGUUGAUGAAAAGGAUUUCAUUAUGCAGAAGACUCGUUGGUCUGCAACGACAGGGAGCGUUUUGGAACAAAUCCUGAAAGCGCAAAACAUCAAGGCUGUUGUUAUUAAUCAGCACGACUUUGGCACCCAGAAGAUUGAUACAAGCCAGGAUGGAAAGUUGGCGGUUGCCAUUACUUAUUUCCAGCGGUACUAUGAUACGCUGGAGGAGUUUGAUGGCGAGUGGCUCAUCAGUAGCAAGGUUGUGUCUGAUAUGGCUGCCAACACUCGUAUUGAAACCGAUGCUUUUGGCGAGAUUGAGGUUGCCGAUGACAAGUACUGGGGUGCCCAGACUCAGCGCUCGCUAGGUAACUUCAAGAUCAACCAGCCUCAAGACCGCAUGCCUCCUCCCGUCGUCAAGGCUUUCGGUAUUCUCAAGGGUGCCGCUGCCGCUGUCAACAUGAAAUACGGACUUGACCCCAAGGUUGGAGAGGCCAUUCAACAAGCCGCCGCUGAGGUUGCCGAAGGCAAGCUCCUCGACCACUUCCCUCUCGUUGUUUGGCAAACCGGCUCCGGUACCCAAUCCAACAUGAACGCCAACGAAGUCAUCUCUAACCGUGCUAUUGAGAUUUUGGGAGGACAAAAGGGUAGCAAGAAGCCUGUUCACCCUAACGACCAUGUAAACAUGUCCGCUUCCUCCAACGACUCUUUCCCUACUGUGAUGCACAUUGCCGCCGUCCUCGAGCUCGAGGGCACUUUGCUCCCUUCAUUGAAGAGCCUCCGUGAUGCUCUUCAAGCCAAGGUUGAGGCUUUCAACCACAUCAUCAAGAUUGGUCGUACCCACUUGCAGGAUGCUACACCCCUUACCCUCGGUCAGGAAUUUUCUGGUUAUGUUGCCCAGCUCGAUAGUAACAUUAAGCGCAUCGAGAACACCAUCCCUGACCUCCGUCUUCUCGCCCAGGGUGGUACCGCUGUCGGUACUGGCUUKAACACUUUCAAGGGCUUUGAUGCGGAAGUUGCCGCUGAGAUCACCAAGCUUGCCGGAACUGAGUUCAAGACUGCUCCUAACAAGUUUGAAGUUUUGGCUGCUCACGACGCCAUCACCGAGGCGUCCGGAUCUUUGAAUACUCUUGCCACCUCUUUGUUCAAGAUUGCUCAGGAUAUCCGUUACCUCGGAUCUGGUCCUCGUUGCGGUCUUGGAGAGCUCCGUCUUCCUGAGAACGAGCCUGGUUCUUCCAUCAUGCCCGGAAAGGUCAACCCCACCCAGUGUGAAUCUUUGACCAUGGUUUGCGCUCAAGUCAUGGGCAACCAUGUUGCUACCACCAUCUCUGGCAUGAACGGUCAAUUCGAGCUUAAUGUAUUCAAGCCCGUUAUGAUCCGCAACCUCCUCCACAGCAUCCGCAUUCUGGCUGAUGGCAUGGCCAGCUUUGAGAAGAAUCUUGUCCACGGUUUGGAAGCUGAUGAGAAGCGCAUUGACUCUCUUCUCCACGAGAGUCUGAUGCUUGUCACUUGCCUUAACCCCAUUAUUGGAUAUGACAUGGCCUCCAAGGUCGCCAAGAACGCACACAAGAAGGGCCUUACCUUGAAGGAGAGUGCCAUGGAGCUCAAGGCUCUCAGCGAGGAGGACUUUGACAAGUAUGUGCGUCCUGAGUUGAUGAUCAGCCCCAAGGAGAAGAAAUAG